UGUGUAACAAACGAGAAGCUCAUCAGUCCUUUCAGAGGAACUUAUAAUUCAGAAAAUGGACAUCAAGUGAGCCUUUAUUCAUAUCUGAAAGCAUUUAGAUUUACUGGAAGUCCUGCCUUAUAUCUGGAGUGCGAUAUCCAUAUGUGUCACAAUAAGUGUCCCCCACAAAGAUGUUACUGGCGCAAUCUCUCCAAACGUUCAGUCGAUUCACAACUCAACACAACGACAGACAAGCCUUUAGUCUCAGAGAGUAUUAGUUUAUUUCAAUCACUGGAAGUGAGACAAGAAUCGGAUCAAAAAGAUAUCGCGAAUAACUCAUCGGAAUUCAGCAGUGAUAGCGAGCGAAGUAGUGUAUGUUUGCGAUCGGAUGGUGUGGCGGCUGUUGUCAUAUCGGUGUUCGUACUGCUGGUGAUGUCGUUCUCGCUGUCGAUCGGGUGUUGUAUGAAAAUGCGACGAUUGAAGUACUGUCAGAGGCAUAUGGUUGACGCCUCGUCCCUCUAUAAGAACAGUUAUGACACCAUAUAUUCCUAUCCACACAACGAGACAACACAUUCCCGACGUUUCUAAUAAAAAGCUAAUACUCAGUACAACAACCAGUAAUUGAUUGACAAUUUCAAAAGAAACGACACACGACUUGUAUUUAAUUACAUUCUUCAUUAGUUAUAUGUCUUAAAAAGCGCAUUGAAUUAAUAAAUUUACAUCACUGUCUGGUGAAGGGAUUUGGGUUCGGACCUCAAACUAAUUCAUUCACUUGUAAACCAUUUGUCUUAAUAUUAAACAUAUCCUUAAGUUAGCAGUCG